AUGAUCUGCCCAGCCUGCGACUCCAAUAGCCCCAGCACAGGCUCGCCAGAGCGCUUCUCAACGCACCAAACCCCCAGCAACGACCCCGCCGCCCCGAAAUUCACCAGCCUCGAAACCUUCGACCCCAAGAAUCUCAAGCUACCCCUCCACCUGUGCCCAAGUCUCCCACUCGGAUGCCGCCAAUCCUUCGAGAGAUGCCGCCGUGCCGCACUCCUCGCCUACGACGGCUUCAAGAACCUCACAGAAAUCCACUCCCUCCGGUACAAAGCCAUGUGUCCGCCUCCCAACCCUAACAACCUAGCCCGCCCUUCUGUCUACUCCUUCUCCCGCGCCUACCUGCACUCCCUCUCCGUCGACCAUCUGCUCAAUUGGCCGGUGCUGCGCGCAAACGUCGUGACUAUCGCACACCCGCCUAAGAUCCCUGCGGAGAUCUUGUCGUUCACGGUGGAUCAGAGGGCAUACGAAGCUUACUUGGUGGGGUUUGAGCGUGUGCUGACCUGUUACGUCAACGGUGCGUAUUGGGAGUAUAUGCGCGCGAAGGACGCCGUGGAGGACGUGAUUGCGAAGGCCAACAUGAAUGUGGUGGAUCGCCGCAUGUGGAGGCAUUUCUGGACGGCGCGGUUUCUGGUGGAGAAUGAGAGUUGGGAGGAGGAUUUGAAGAAUAUGGUUCUGCCUUCGUGGGAUGAGAUUGUGGAGGAGCUGGAUACUGUUAUUUGGGAGCGGGUGGAGGGUGCGGUGACUCUGGAUAGUUUGGUUCGUGCGGAGAGGGAGGUGGUUGGUGUUGAUAAGAACGAUGAGGAUGAAUAUGGCGUUGAAGGGUAUGAGAUCUACGACUUCAUGCUGGAUGAAGAUGUUAUGGAUGCUGGAUGA